AUGACUGCAUCAGAUCCCGUCGAGCCCAUUGCGGUAAUUGGAAUGGCAAGCAGUUUUGCCAAUGAAGCUCAAGAUACCGAGAAAUUGUGGGCCACGUUGCUCCAGGGAAAGUCUCAGAUGAGGCCAUUUCCCGAAGACAGAAUGAACCUUGAUGCUCACUUCCACAGUGACCCAGAGCGUGGAGGAACUAUCAAAACUGUCGGAGGCCAUUUCAUCAAGGAAGAUAUAUCUCGGUUUGAUGCACCAUUUUUUGGGAUUUCGCAGGCAGAAGCUGUACUCAUGGACCCUCAACAGCGGCUGCUGCUCGAGAAUGUCUACCAAGCGUUGGAAAAUAGUGGCGUAACACUCGAGCAAGCACAAGGAUCCAACACAUCUGUUUACGUUGGCUCCUUCUGUGACGAUUAUCGAUCUAUUUUGGCCACUGAUCCCGAUCAAAACCUAAAACACAAAAUAACUGGCACCUAUGAUACAAUUCUUGCAAACCGAGUCAGCUGGUUCUUUGACUUCAAGGGAAACAGUGUGGUGGUAGACACAGCUUGUUCCAGUAGCCUCGUUGCAUUGCACAUGGCAUGCCAGAACCUUCGACUGAAAGAAUGUGAUGCGGCCAUCGCUUCCGGGGUGAAUUUGAUAUGUGACCCACGCAUAUGUCAAGACUUGACAAAGCUGGGUGCUAUCUCUCCAGACGGCUUGAGUUACAGUUUUGACUCACGAGCUAACGGUUAUUCUCGUGGAGAGGGACUGGGGUCUGUUGUGAUCAAGCGCCUGUCUGACGCGGUCAGCAAUGGCGACACUAUCCGAGCAGUCAUAUAUGCCAGCGGGGCCAAUCAUGACGGAAGAACCAAGGGAAUAUUCGCUCCAUCUUCUGAAGCCCAAGAAAGGCUGGUCCGUGAAACUUAUAAACAUGCGGAUCUCGGAUACAAGUACACAUCUUACAUUGAGGCGCAUGGUACUGGCACAGCGGUCGGAGAUCCCACUGAAGUUCGCGCUCUAGUAUCUGCAUUUAAGGGUCGUCCUACCGAUCAUCCACUGUAUAUCGGAGCUGUGAAAUCGACAUUGGGUCAUACUGAAGGAGCUGCCGGGAUUCUGGGGGUUAUCAAAACCAUCCUUAUCCUCGAGUCUGGAGUCAUACCACCCAAUGUCAACCUUGAAGAGCUCAACCCGGCCAUCAAUGCUUCGGAGUGGAAUGUCGUUUUCCCCACGUCAGCAAAGCCGUGGCCGACAACCGGGCCUAGAUUUGCAUCAGUCAAUUCAUUUGGAUUUGGAGGUAGCAAUGCCCAUAUUGUGCUUGGUGACGCCCUUCAUUCACUGGAGAUGAGAGACGUGCAUGCAUCGCACAGAACAAUCAGAAAUCCUCCUCUUGCCAGUGAAAUCAUUGGCAUGGUAGACAGAGCUUCAGAUCUACCCGGCCAGCCCUUGGACCUUGCUACUCAAGACCUCAAGGUAGAGCAUGAAGAGGAAGACACUGGAUCUUCUGGCGAGGACCAGCCCGCUCUGCCGUUUGUCUUGAGCUCCUCGGAUGAGAAUGGGAUCACGAGAGCUUCGGAGAGUUUGAUCGAGUAUCUGACUUCUUCCGAGGAUUCUUUUGAUCCUGUGAAGCAUGUGGACUUCUUGAACGACUUGUCAUACAGCCUGAGCGCAAGAAGCCAGUUUUCUUGGCGUGCAUCUUGCACGGCUCGAAAUAUUGACGAUCUUGUGGAUUCACUUUCUGAUAUCCAAGGAGUGAAAUACGGAGGUUCUCCGCCUAGCCUAGUGUUUGUCUUUACUGGCCAAGGCGCGCAGUGGCUAGGAAUGGGGAAUCCACUCCUUCAAUUUCCCGCAUAUCGCCAAAGCCUCGAAGCUGCGAGUCACUACCUUUGUGAAGUGCUAGGUGCAGAAUGGAAUGCUCUUGACUGCUUGAUUUCUCGAGAUCACUCUCUGCACCUGGAAGAUCCCGUUCUAGCUCAUCCACUAUGUACGAUCCUCCAGGUCGCUACCAUUGAUCUUCUUCGCACCUGGAACGUUCUUCCAAGUUCAGUUGUUGGGCACUCAUCAGGUGAAAUUCCCGCGGCCUAUGCAGCUGGCUUCAUUAGUCGAAAAUCUGCUUGGAGAAUAGCCUAUUAUCGAGGUGUCGUUUCCAAAGCGCAAGAGAGUAGAAAUGGCUGCAUGAUGGCAGUGAAGGCAGAUGAAGAAACGUUGAGGUCUUACAUCGACUCGGAAGUUCCAGGAGGAACUCUUACGAUAGCAUGUCUUAACUCUCCUUCGAACUUCACCGUGUCAGGAGAUGAGACAGCGCUCAUCAAACUGCAGGAGGUGCUGGAGCGUGAUGGCCUGAUGGGGAAGCUUCUGAGCGUGCGCAACGCGUACCAUUCAUCGCACAUGGAAGCUGCUGUUGCGGACUACCUUCGAUUUAUUGGAAAGAUUGACACUGACAACGAAACACUCAAAUACGAACACCCUGUUACAAUGAUUUCAAGCGUGACAGGAAGAAAAGUCGAUCGGAACUUCGCAGGAACGGCUGCGUAUUGGACAACCAACCUCGCAUUUCCGGUCCACUUCACGCAGGCGAUAUUGGGAGUGGUGCGAUCUAAAUCGCAAUUUAUUGACUUCCUUGAAAUUGGACCUCACUCUGUGCUCAAGAGCGCAGUCAAUGAAACCCUGACUGGUGAUGGCUUCACUGCUUUCAGAUACUCAAACGUCAUGGACAGGCAUGAUUUGUCGUCUGGUGUGCUGCAAAACUCAAUCAUCUCACUUUGGGAGAAGGGUCAUCCGGUCUGUCUAUCCGCCUUCUCAAAGAGCUGCGCUCUAUCAGGAUCGAGAGAACCACGGCUCCUGACAUCUCUGCCACCAUACUCUUUCAAUCACAACACGUCGUACUGGGCUGAAAGCCGACUGAGUCGAAAUUACAGGCUUCGGGAGCAGCCUCGAAAAGACAUUCUUGGGGCACCCGUGGCAGAUUGGAAUGAGUGUGAGCCAAGAUGGAGACACUUUCUUCGUGUUUCGGAAAACCCAUGGCUGGCGGACCAUGUGGUAUCAGGGAAAAUCAUAUAUCCAGGAGUCGGCCAUAUUGCCAUGGUGACAGAAGCAUCAAAGCAGAUGAGUUCGAAGGAAAAGGCUGUACGUGGGUUCACUCUGCAAAAUGUGAACAUAAUGUCAGCUCUGGUUAUCCCCGACAAUCCUGCUGGAGUGGAGGUCAUGCUAUCAUUCGUGCCUAUCAUGGAUCUCAGCGCGUCUCCAUCGAGCUCACGAAGACAAUUUUUUAUUCGUUCCUACAAUAACGAUCGCGACGAGUGGAGUCUUCAUUGUACUGGACAAGUGUCUGUUGAGUAUGAGAGAAGCAACACGAUAUUCAAUGCUGAAGAUGAGAUCUUCGCAGAGGCUUGUAUGUCAGAACAGCUCUUGUCCCAGAAGCAAAGUCUUUGCCGCUCAUCGAUCGAUUUCGACAAAAUUUACCAAAAAGCCGAGGAUAUUGGCAUCCAAUUUGGCCCACUGUUCCGCAAUCUGUCGGAAGUUAAGAUCCAUCAUGAAGCUAAUGAAGUUGGUGACUUGCUUGGAACGAUCACGGUCCCUGACAUUGCGAGGUGCAUGCCACAUGGGGCCGUUUACCCACAUGUUGCCCACCCAGCAAUGCUUGAUUCCUUGAUGCACUCAGUGUAUGGCUCAGUUUGCAGUUUGGAAGGGACUGGAACGAACUUUGAAAUGUAUCUCCCAACUCAUAUCGGAGAAGUAUGGAUCGCAUCAGACAUCAGCAGUGAUGUCGGACACAAGUUCCUGUGUCAUAAUUCCACACGACAAGAAUCUCCAACUGCUAUGAAAAGUGACAUUACUUUGUGGGACAAAGCAUCAUCGAAGCUGCAGGUUCAAUUUAAGGAUGUGGAUCUCACGCACGUUGAUUCAAGCCAGAAGAUGGCUAACAGAAGCAUCACUUGCCACUGUGUUGAUUGGAAGCAGGACAUUGAGAGCCUGAAGGAAAAUGACAUUCGAGAAAAAGACACAGAUUGCAUAAAAGGGUUGCUUCCACUUGAGAAAUUGGAGCUAACAGCAUCUCUCUUCAUCAAGUCUGUGCUUCCCAAUCUUGAGGAGCGUGUUGCGAGGAACACUCUACCAGCACAUUUCAACAGCUACAUGAGCUGGAUGCGACGUACCCUUGACUCUAUUGAGUCUGGGAAUCAUCCUUUGAUAACCCCAGAGGCUCUUCAGAGACAUGCCGAGGAUCUGGGUGCAUUGGAUCAGUUACACGAAAGCACAAGUGCAUCCAGCGCCAAUGGUAGUCUGUGCAUCAGAAUGGGGUUGAAUAUGCCUCGCAUUCUUGAGAAAGAAGCAGAUCCCUUGGAGUUGAUGUUCGGUGACGAUGAUCUCAUGAAUGCAGUCUAUAGAGAGGUCUUCGCAGCUGGCAAUCUUCCAGAUCACCUUGCAACAUAUCUUGGCUACCUUGGCCAUCAGAAGAAUGAACUACAAGUCCUCGAGAUAGGAGCGGGAACUGGAUCAACUACUAUUUAUGUGCUGAACUCCCUCUGUCCGCUAGGAAGUUGUCUUCCUUGGAGCAUUAAGGAGUUUGUUUUCACUGAUAUAUCAGCCGGGUUCAUGGAAGAGGCAUCCAAAAUUUUCAAAGCAUGGGAGGGAAUCAUGAGCUACAAAACCUUUGACGUCGAACGAAAUCCAGCCCAACAGGGAUUGCAGCCCGGUUCUUUUGAUCUCAUUAUCGCUGGCAAUGUGCUUCAUGCGACAAAAUCCCUCUCCACCACUCUUCGGAACGUUCGCGCUCUGUUGAAACCCCAAGGACGGCUAGUUCUACACGAGCUUGUAUCCCCACAGUUCUGUUUCCUGCCUUUUUCGUUCGGACUACUUCCGGGUUGGUGGUCCUCCAAAGAUACCUUCAGAACAACGGGCCCAUUACUGGAUGAAGGCUCCUGGAACAAUAUUUUACAGAGAAAUGGGUUCACUGGAGCCGAUCUUGUGCUACCUGAUAGCACCGAUGAAAAUGCUCACGUUUCAAGCAUCAUUGUCGCCGGAGCAGCCGAGGAGAGGAAGGGCCAGUUUCCUCUCACCACAGCUUCUGUUAUCGAUUUGUGUCCUAGAAACACAGCGCCGUGUAUCUCUGAAUGUAUCAGUUACGAGCUGACGCAGAGCUUUGGGAUUGGCGACAGUCGGGUGAUCCAACUCACUGAAGCUCUACAAGACGAAGUUCAAGACUCGGUCUACAUUGUGGUGGCAGAUACGUCGCUCUCAUAUUGGCAAAGUGCAUCAAAUGAAGAGUUUGAUAACAUCAAGCGAGUCUUGAAUGAGGCUCACAAUCUUUUAUGGAUAUCGAUUCAUGACGGAACUCCUCAAUUUGCUACCAGCACCGGGCUUUUGCGAACUGCAAGAUCAGAGAGUCUGUCGACCGAUCGUAAUUUGACAACGCUGGACAUGAAUACACAGACAAAUUCUCAAGAAUUGAUCCAACAAACCAUUUCUGAUGUGUUCUAUCGACAGUUUUUGCUUCAAUCUGCUCAGCCGAAUGAGCAAUAUCGACUGGAGAACGGUCAUUUACAAAUCGCCCGCUUGAAAGAAUCGCAAAGAUUGGAGAAAUUCACCAGACAAAUAGACGGUAUAACUCCUCAAGUCCCACCAAGUACCAGAGCCUUCAAUCAACCUUUCAGACGUGGGCUCAAGCUUCAUAUCCAAGCUUCCAGGCAGCUGGACACUUUGGCAUUUGUGGACGAUCAGACAUUAUUGCCCCCCAUUGAGGAGUCUCAGAUAGAGGUUGAGAUCAAAACAGCUGGUGUCAACUUUAGAGAUCUUCUAGUUGCCAUGGGGGACAUUCAAAGAUCAUUCUUUGGAGUUGAGGGAGCUGGAAUUGUGACUGAAGUCGGAGCCCAGGUGAAUCAACUUCAAGUCGGCGAUAAGGUGAUGAUUCUCUCUGACCCUGAAAGAACUGGGACUAUCAGAACUUUCUGUCGGACCCAGGAAUCACUCGCCGUCAAGAUACCGGAUGAAAUUUCGUUUGAAACUGCCUGCUCAUUGCCUGUCCUUGGCUGUACAGUGAUUUACUCUCUCCGUGAUGUUGCUCAACUCUCAGCGGGAGACACAAUUCUCAUACAUGCUGGCUCUGGCGGUACAGGUCAACUGGCCAUCCAGUAUGCUCGUUCAGUGGGAGCUGAGAUAUUCACUACCGUCUCUAGUGUCGAAAAAAGACAGCUGGUGAUGGAUCAAUACGACAUUCCAAAAGAUCAUAUUCUCUAUAGUAGAGACACAACUUUCGCAAAACAGAUCAAGCGGGCAACAUCGGGCCGUGGUGUUGAUGUCGUCUUGAACUCACUCGGUGGUGACCUCCUUCGUCACUCAUGGAGCUGCAUUGCACCCUUGGGGCGAUUUGUCGAGCUCGGUAAAAGAGAUAUGUACGGCAACGGCCGGCUUGAUAUGAGUUCAUUUGCCGGUGGAACAACGUUUGCAGCAGUGGACCUUGUCGAGAUGAUGAAACUUCGACCUUCCGUAGUCCACGGACUAUUGGUAGACACCCUUCGGCUCUACUUGGAAAAUAUCAUCUCCCCGCCGCAUCCAGUCACUACUCUGAAGUUUUCCGAAUCUAGCGAUGCACUCAGGCGUUUGCAGACCGGAAAAUCGACUGGGAAGAUUGUACUAGUGUCUUCUCCCGAGGAUGUUGUUUUGGUAGGCCUCGAGCUUCACGAGAAUUCAAAUGGACAUAAACUAACAUCAUUGAAGACACUUCCACCAGCUCCCUCAAAGCUCAGACUUCCUUCCAAUGCUUCCUUUGUCAUAGCAGGUGGGCUUGGAGGAUUGGGACGCUCCAUAGCGAGAUGGAUGGCUAGCUGUGGAGCUAGAAACUUGAUCUUCUUAUCACGAUCAGGUGGCGAAUCCCCCCAAGCACGCGAGCUGAUUGAUCACUUGAACACAGUGGACUGCACUGCUAUAAUGGUGCGAUGCGAUAUUACAGACUCCGAUAGUCUUCACACGGCCAUCCAAAGUGUCUCCCAUUUACCACCUAUCAGAGGGUGUAUCCAAGCUGCGAUGCAACUCAGAGAUGCAAGCCUGUCAACCAUGACAUUGGAUGAUUUCAAUGCUGCUGUCUCCCCAAAAACCCAAGGAUCAUGGAAUCUCCACUGUAUUCUCCCCCAAGAUUUAAACUUCUUUGUUAUGCUCUCAUCGGUCUGUGGUAUCAUGGGAAACAGAGGCCAAGGAAACUACGCAGCCGGUAAUACCUACCAAGAUGAGCUUGCACGAUAUCGUUCUGAGCUUGGCAUGCCGACCUUCAGUAUAGACCUAGGCGUGGUCACAUCAGCGGGAUACGUAGCAGAGAAUCUCACGUCGAAGCGAAACCUUGACUCACAUCUGUCAGCAAAAAUGGACGGACUCAGCGAGGAAGAUAUCUUCCAGGCUUUGGAAUACUGUCUUCUUCCGGACAACUCCCCUCUCGAUCACCCGGGGGCUCAUCAAAUUGUUCUCGGACUGGAUACAGUGGAGAUCUUACAACCACAGAAGAACGAUACUGAAAUCCCUAGUUACGCGCGGCAUGCACUUUGGACCCAUGUCCGUGGUGAAUCUCGUGUGCAUCAAGAUCAAGCCAGCAGCGGUGAUCAUGCCGUUUCCCAUGGAGACAUCCAUGAUUCGACUUCGGAACAAUUGAAGCGCGCGGAGUCGGUCAAUGCGGCAAAAGAUACGAUCUUGAAUGCCAUUCAAAACAAGCUGUCGAACAUGCUUUCUAUUGAGUCGACAGAUGUGGAUGCCACCAAAAAGCUUAGUGACUACGGGGUUGACUCGUUGGUUGCAGUUGAAUUCCGAUCCUGGAUGGCGAAGGAUGUUGGAGCAGACAUACCUGUUUUGGACAUUGUUGGCUCUGACAGUAUUGAAGCUAUUUGUGCGCGGGUCGUCGGAUUGAGCAAAUUUGUUGGCGAUGAUGUGAAGAAAUAG